AGUCGGGAGCAGCAGAGACAGCGCUCCGGUAAUCUCCCGGUAACAAAUGGGGGGAGACGGGCACGUUCAGGACUGCCGGUAACUGAGUGAUACCGGAGGGCCCCCCUGAGACUCCUGAGAAUACCCCCCUCCUCCUCCACCCCUCCCUGCAUUUGAAGCGUGAUGGGUCGCUUCGUGACGCCGCAGCAGACCAACCGGGCAGGUAAACGCAGCAGCAGCCUCCUCCUCACCUGCGAAGCCACAGCGGAGCUCCUCAGCGGACACUUUGCUGCCUGACGGACACCGGGACAGACCCACAGACACCACCAGUGUACUUUUACCAUGGAGGAGAGCCGGGCAGAGUAACUUACAGCAGCCUGCAUCCAGACCGUCGGAGAGGAGAGCGAUCUUCACAAUGACCCGUUAAAUUCCUGCCGUCGAUGCUUUCUUUGGAGAGUGGAUUGACCAUCUCCUAACAGCAGAGGAGAGGAGCAGAGAGGCCUUUAUUCGUUUAUUUCAGUUUUCAGAUGGACCGAGUGCCCUCGGCACUGGCCGCUAAGAUGCGCUGGAUCACGCUGGUGCUUGCCGGCUUGACUUUCUGGGGCAAAGUGACUAUUUGUAACUGUUUCGACUACGAGGAGCCAGACUAUGAUUAUUAUGAAGAGGAGAGAGCGGAGACCAUUGACUACAAAGACCCAUGCAAAGCUGCUGUAUUCUGGGGCGACAUCGCUUUAGACGAGGAGGACCUGCGCAUGUUCCAGAUUGACAGGACGAUAGACCUCACACAGCACACACACAUGCACACACACUCCCGGCAGGGGCACACGUCUGGUGGCCUGGAAGAACAUGAAAUGGCUAAGAAGAGAGGAUCUUUAUAUCUACUGCUGGAGAGAAUACGUAGGUUUGGCUUUGACUAUCUCCCAAAGAACUCCAGCAAGGGAGCUGCCAGUCCCAAGAGCCAAACUGGGAAAGGUGGGAAGACUGGGAACGUUGUGAAAAGUCGUAUUCCUCGAGCGGCCACAUCCCGAGCUGAGAGGAUAUGGCCUGGAGGAGUUAUUCCCUACGUAAUAGGAGGAAACUUCACUGGUAGUCAGAGGGCCAUGUUUAAGCAGGCCAUGCGUCACUGGGAGAAACAGACGUGCGUAACUUUCAUUGAGAAGACAGAUGAGGAAAGCUACAUCGUGUUUACCUACAGACCCUGCGGGUGUUGUUCCUAUGUGGGUCGUCGUGGCAACGGGCCCCAGGCUAUCUCCAUAGGCAAGAACUGUGACAAGUUCGGGAUCGUGGUGCACGAACUGGGUCACGUCAUUGGCUUCUGGCAUGAGCACACGCGGCCUGACCGUGACGAUCAUGUGACCAUCAUCCGGGAUAACAUCCAACCAGGCCAGGAGUAUAACUUCCUCAAGAUGGAGCCAGGGGAAGUCAACUCUCUUGGGGAGCCAUAUGAUUUUGAUAGCAUCAUGCACUAUGCCAGGAACACCUUCUCACGGGGAAUGUUCCUCGACACCAUCCUUCCAUCCAGAGAUGAAAACGGGGUCCGGCCUGCUAUCGGCCAGCGGACCAGGCUCAGUAAAGGAGACAUUGCACAGGCAAGGAAGCUGUAUAGAUGUCCAGCAUGCGGAGAGACGCUCCAAGAGUCAACAGGCAACUUCUCGUCUCCUGGUUACCCCAACGGAUACCCUUCAUACACACACUGUGUCUGGAGAAUAUCUGUUACACCCGGAGAAAAGAUCGUUCUUAACUUCACCACCAUGGAUCUUUAUAAAAGCAGUCUGUGUUGGUAUGACUACAUUGAGGUUCGGGAUGGAUACUGGAGGAAAGCUCCACUGCUCGGCAGGUUUUGUGGAGAUAAAGUUCCCGAUGUCUUGAUCUCCACUGACAGCAGGAUGUGGAUUGAGUUCCGCAGCAGCAGCAACUGGGUGGGAAAAGGCUUCGCUGCCAUUUAUGAAGCGAUCUGUGGAGGGGAAAUUACCAAGGACUCAGGACAGAUUCAGUCUCCCAACUAUCCUGAUGACUACAGACCCUCCAAAGAGUGUGUGUGGAGGAUCACUGUGUCCGAGGGAUACAACGUCGGGCUCAGCUUCCAGGCCUUCGAGAUCGAGAGGCACGACAGCUGCGCUUACGACUACCUGGAGGUCCGAGACGGCCCUCUGGAGACAAGCCCUCUGAUUGGACGAUUCUGCGGCUACGAUAAACCUGAGGAUGUGCGCUCCACCUCACACACACUGUGGAUGAAGUUUGUCUCAGAUGGGACGGUUAACAAGGCCGGCUUUGCUGCUAACUUUUUCAAAGAGGAGGAUGAGUGUGCCAAGCCAGACAAUGGUGGAUGUGAACAGAGGUGUGUAAACACUCUUGGCAGCUUCAAGUGUGCCUGUGACCCGGGCUACGAACUAGCUCCUGACAAGAAGAGCUGUGAAGCGGCGUGUGGGGGUCUCCUCUCUAAGCUGAACGGGACCAUCAGCACUCCUGGUUGGCCUAAAGAGUAUCCACCCAACAAGAACUGUGUGUGGCAGGUGGUCGCUCCCACUCAGUACCGCAUCUCUAUGCAGUUUGAGGCCUUCGAGCUGGAGGGGAAUGAGGUGUGUAAAUACGACUAUGUGGAGGUGCGGAGCGGCCUCUCGUCCGACUCUAAGCUGCAUGGUAAAUACUGUGGCACAGAGGUCCCUGAAGUCAUCACCUCUCAAUACAACAACAUGAGGAUUGAGUUCAAGUCCGACAAUACCGUCUCCAAGAAAGGCUUCAAGGCUCACUUCUUCUCAGACAGGCUGGCUCUGUGUCAAGAGCGUAUGAUUGUGUUUGAGUCAUGCCAGGACAUAAAGCGCGGCCGCUCUGCCUCUCGUGGCCAUGUCAACAACAAGCUGGCAACCUCAUCAAAGGUCAGAGACAAAGAUGAGUGCAGCAAGGACAACGGCGGCUGCCAGCACGAGUGCAUCAACACAGUGGGCUCUUACGUUUGUCAGUGUCGCCAUGGCUUUGUACUGCAUGAGAACAAACAUGACUGUAAGGAAGCUGAGUGUGAGCAUAAGAUCCACAGCCCCAGUGGGACCCUAAGCAGCCCUAACUGGCCAGACAAGUAUCCCAGCCGUAAGGAGUGCACCUGGGACAUCACAGCCACGCCAGGACACCGAGUCAAAAUAACCUUCAACGAGUUUGAGAUCGAGCAGCAUCAGGAGUGUGCAUAUGACCAUCUGGAGGCCUUUGAUGGGGACAGUGACACGGCAGCCAUCUUGGGUCGAUUGUGUGGCAGUAAGAUCCCGGAGCAGCUGGUUUCUACAGGCAACAAGAUGUACCUCCGCUUCAUUUCUGAUGCCUCAGUACAAAGGAAGGGCUUCCAAGCUACACACUCCACAGAGUGUGGAGGCCGUCUGAAAGCAGAAGCUCGUCAGAAGAACCUCUACUCUCAUUCCCAGUUUGGAGACAAUAAUUACCCAGGUCACACUGACUGCGAGUGGCUGCUGACAGCCGAACAGGGCUACGGCAUCGAACUGAGCUUCAUUACUUUUGAGGUAGAGGAGGAAGCCGACUGUGGUUAUGACUACAUCGAGUUGUACAAUGGGUACGACGCCAACUCACAUCGACUUGGCCGCUUCUGCGGUUCAGGGCCCAGGGAGGGGAUCUACUCGCCCGGAGCCGCUAUGCUCAUCCGUUUCCAUAGCGACGACACAAUCAGCAAGAAGGGCUUCCACAUCCUCUACACGAGCACCAAGUUCCAGGAGAGCCUUCACACCAGGAAAUGACCUCACACGCAGCCCGCAACCUCCGACCUCUGUGCAGCCUGUUACCCUGACCUUCACCAUGGCAAUGAGAAAAAGUACAGCCUGUCCCCUCUUCUUGGACCCACAGACAGAUGUGGACACUCGCCAGCCCCCCGGGAGGAAGAUGACACUUAAGUGAACAUUUGUCUCCUUCUGUGGCUCUGCACAGGUCAACACACUCUGAGACGAGACGGGGGGAAAAACAACGAGAUAUCGAUGUGAGCUUCUACAAACACGGGGGGGAAACACGCUGACGAUUUGAGUGAGCCAUUUUUUGUGUGGAGGAGAUGGUCUUCAUUACUGGACAUCAAGCUACCCUCAGUGUGGGCAGAGGGGUUGCUGAGGAUCCAUAUCAGUUUACUGAGAUACUCAUGGUUGCACAAAUGCAAACAAACGAGUACAAACACACAUAAACGCAGUAGAUUCAUAUUCAGAAUUAUAAACUAUGGAUGCUUGAGGAACUGAGGAGCUUCCACCUAAAAGAAAAUGCAUCCAACGAGGGAGUUUUGACUCUUUUUCUGACUCCUUGAGCUGUGCAACUUACUGUGAUCAGACGGCUGCUUGUAUCCACAGUAACUGAGAGGAAACUCUAAAUAGACAUUUUUAUUGCCUUUGAUGCCUGGGAACUGGUCUCUUCAACCCAGCUCAGAACGGCUGCAGAUGAUUUUAUUUCAUGUCUUAUUGUAAAACCCAUUGUGUUUACUGUACGUGUGUCUGUGUGUACAGAGAAAAGAACAAAAAAACAAAAGGCUGAAAUCCGUCAUUUGCCCUUUUGCUUAAAGCUUAUGCAGACGACCAUCGUGGAAUGGAAAAAAAAAAUAAAAACGCAAAUGGAGAAUUUCCAAAUGAUCUGUGAUGUUAAUGUUAAGCCUUGCAUUGUGUUGUGUGUGUCCAUGCUGUUUUUUUUUUUUUUUUGCACCACCUUGUAACAAACCAAGCAACUUUCACGGAUGUUUCCAGUUUCCACCUCACCCCUCAACCCCCCAAUUAACAGUGGAUAUCGGAAGGGAAUAUUUUCACAGCUGUCUCUCGGAGUGACACGAUUCUGAUUGAAGGAGAGAUUCCCAUGGUGCUAAAAAUAAAAAUACACUGAAUGACAGAUGACUGCGGAUGGAAAUAAAGGUUUUUCAAUAGGAGACAGUCAGUGUGCAAACAGCACGCUGCAUCAACAGCACUAGUCCUGUGGAACUACAAUAUUGCCUUAGAACCAAAAUGUAUGCUAUCGGAGGUCGCUCCUAUGCUCUUACACAGGUGUCUUGUGUCAGCGGAGUGUUUUCAAGGUUUUUUGGCAGCGUAUUUCAUUUGUUUGGAUAUCUUGAAUGGUUUUAUUGUAAAAAAAACAAACAAACAUGGGAAAUGUAGUCUGUGUGUGAGAUAGAGUGUCAAUGGUGCAUGUGUGUUUGUGUGUCAUUUUUGUAGCAGCUCUCAGAGAUACAUACACACACUUACACGUCCACAAAUACACAAAAACACACCUCAUUUGUGUGCAUUUUCCCAAACAUAUCUGAACACACACUUCCCUUCUGUAAUAUUUGGAGCGUGGAGAGCAAAGUGCUGUAAAGUUGAAGGAAUAUCAAUGUGCACACAUGCUGCAUCAUUUCUGUGUUCAAUGCAAAUGUGUAAGUGUGUGUUUUAGGAGAUUAUAGAGAAAUAAUGUACGUGUGUGUCUGUAAACUGUAUGUUUUUAAGUUGAAUCAUUCAUUGCUGUACGUGCCAAGCUCCAGGUGACCCUGAUCCACUGUAGUUUUUGUUUUAUCAUUCCACCUCUGUGUCUGUAGUUCAGAGACACUGACAUGACAUCCUCUGUAUCAGUCAUUAAAAUACACACAGGUAAAAAACUA